CCGAGGCAGUCGGUCCCGCGCCACGAGCGUGUACACAUCUCGUACGUGUUUUCUCGUGUGACUUACGUCAAUAUAAUCAUUUAACGUAUCGUUAACCGCACGAUCCUUACUAUCAUUAUUAUUAGCAUUAUUUUUACGAUCGUAUCGAUAUUUCCGAUUAUUUCUAAAAAACGAUAACUUUCGUUUUUUUUCGUUUUAAUCGGCAACGUUUCGAAGAACGUUUUUUUCGUCUUAAAACGUUUCGACGUAUUUUUUUUUUUUUUUCUUUCCUUUCGAGCCGAUUAUCAGACUGAGGAUUCGUUCGAUUAGAACGGAUUUUCGAAUAUUAGUGUGUGAUAACAGCAGAAAGGAAGAUAGAAGGACUGAUUGAGACGAAAGGAGACUGCGAAGGACUCAACGAGAGAACGAGACAGAGAAAUAGAGGAAGAGACGAGCCAUGACAAUGCCGGAAACGUAAGGACACACCGGUUGGAGGAAGCGCGCGCUAUGGCGCAGGAAUGGUGAUGAAUCUCAAAGGCGAUCACCGUCCGGGCGUUCGUCCCAAGGUACAUCGAGGACAAGAUUACUAAGGAUGGCCUUUCACUGGGAUAAACUCUCGCCCGCGGAAUUUCAACAGCUCCAGGAUUUGGCAGCUUAUUCAACGAGAAAGCUACAAGAUGUUCUUACAGAAUUUUGUGGCAGCAACACGACGGCAAGCGGUGUACCAAAGUAUCAUCCCGAUGGGGACAUCGAUUAUGAAGGUUUUAGAAAAUUCCUGGACACUUACCUCGAAGUCGCGACACCUGAUGAACUCUCGCGUCACCUUUUUCUCUCGUUCGUUAGGAAAGAUUCCCGUGGUGUCGAUGGCAAGGCCUUUAAGGAAAUGGCUGUACUUUCGUCGACGACUGCAUGCGCAGCGAUUACUUCUCACACAACUUCGAGCAGUAACGUGAACAGCACCGGAUUACCGGGUGGAGGAGCAUGCACUGAUAGCCACGUUGGUAGUUCCUCGUUGGUCGACAAAAUUCAUGGACUUACGGAAAAGCUGCAAGCUCUGGGACACCACAGAACCGAGAGCGAAGCCUCCUCGAGAACGCGAACCGGAAGCGUACAUCCAAUGCUGACGGUAACACGUACAUCCUACAGUUGUCACGACGUUCUCGAGAAGAAAAGCACCGAUAGCAGCCCAAGUCACAGUCAAAUGUCGCGAAAUUCGUCCAGGAAGUCGAACAAUUCGCUUCUCGUCAACAACGGGAAAUUGGAAGAGAUGAGACACCUUGUUAGAAAGCAAAGCACGAUAGACGUCCACUCGGUUAAGGUCAGCUUGAAGGAUAUCGUCUGUUACCUUUCUCUCUUGGAAGCAGGCAGACCAGAAGACAAAUUAGAGUUCAUGUUCCGGCUCUACGAUACUGAUGGGAAUGGCGUCCUUGACACGAACGAGAUGGAUUGCAUCGUGAAUCAAAUGAUGAACGUAGCCGAAUAUCUCGGUUGGGACGUCAGCGAAUUGAAACCGAUAUUACAAGACAUGAUGAUAGAGAUCGAUUACGAUGCGGAUGGUACGGUGUCCUUGGAGGAAUGGAAGAGGGGCGGAUUGACGACUAUUCCAUUGUUAGUUCUCCUUGGUCUCGAUUCUCACGUGAAGGAGGAUGGAAAUCAUUUGUGGAGAUUGAAGCACUUCAGCAAACCCGCUUAUUGCAAUCUAUGCUUGAACAUGUUAGUCGGGCUUGGAAAAAAGGGACUUUGUUGUGUCUUCUGCAAGUAUACUGUCCACGAAAGGUGCGUUCAAAGAGCACCAGCAUCGUGCAUUGCGACAUACGUGAAAAGUAAAAAGACAUCGCAAAAUAUGAGCCAUCACUGGGUCGAGGGCAAUUGUCACGGGAAGUGCUCCAAGUGCAGAAAGACCAUUAAAAGUUACAACGGAAUCACGGGACUCCAUUGCCGUUGGUGUCAGCUGACCCUGCACAACAGAUGCGUGUCCCAAGUGAAAGCCGAAUGCACUCUCGGCGAAUACGCUGUACACAUUUUACCACCUACGGCGAUCUGUCCGGUCGUAUUGGACAGACAGAGAUCUUUGUCGAGGGAUAGCAAAAGGGGUAGUAAACAUGGGCAGGAUACUUCAUCCGUCAGUUCCGGUGGUUUCUUAAGCUGCGGUGUUAGCACGUCGAAUCAACAACCAGCAAUGUCCUUCCAAAUAACGCCAUCUCCAGAUACGAUACCACUAUUGGUCUUCAUUAAUCCGAAAUCUGGUGGUAGACAAGGAGAAAGGAUGUUGAGAAAGUUCCAAUACAUACUGAACCCUAGGCAGGUACAUAAUCUUGCUAUAGGUGGUCCGAUGCAAGGUUUGCAAAUGUUCAAAGACGUCGAGAACUUUAGGGUAAUUUGUUGUGGUGGCGAUGGUACCGUCGGUUGGGUUUUAGAAACUAUGGAUCGGGUGCAGUUCGAGCAUCAGCCUGCCGUUGGUGUCAUACCACUUGGUACUGGCAACGAUCUCGCCAGAUGUCUACGUUGGGGUGGUGGAUAC